AUGUGCCCAAGUUUGUGGGAACUGUCAGUUCAUGGGUGCUGGUGGGCGGGGCGGAAGUUCUUUACCCGCCAUCUUUCUUUCUGGCGCGGCCAUAGUAUCGCAGAGGUCCUGUCAGCUAAGGAAGUCUUGUGGGUCUCAGCCCCGGUAGCAGGGAGAGCUUCUACCCCAGGAGCCGUGAGGCCGCAGGAGGCCCCCGGCGGAGACAUGGUGAGCGUGAGGCGGGACUGUCUAACUUUUGAGGAUGUGGCUGUGAACUUCACCUUGGAGGAAUGGGAUUUGUUGAAUCCUUCCCAGAAGCAACUCUACACAGAUGUGAUGCAGGAAACCUUCAAAAACCUUGUUGCUAUAGGACAAACUGAGGAAGGCCAGAGGAUUGAAGAAGAUGAACAUUUUAGGAGAAACCUAAGAAAUGAAGUGGUGGAAUUAUUGUAUGAACGAAGUGAAGGGAGGCAAUGUGAAGAAAUCUUCAGCCAGUUUCCAGUUACUGUUGUGAACAAGAAAACCCCUCAUGGAGUAAAACUGUGUGAAAGUAAUUUAUGUGAAGACAUACUUAUUGGUCUCCCACCCCUAAAUAUGCAUAACCCCAUUCAAACAGGACAUAAACCAUAUGAAUAUGAGAUAUAUGAAGACAGAGACAGUCUCCAUAAAUUUAGGGAAUCUAGGAAAUCCUUCAUGUAUCCUGAAUGCUUUCUAAAGCAUGAAUAUAAUCACACCAUAGAGAAGCCAUAUAAAUGUCAGCAAUGUGGAAAAGCCUUUUCUUCUUCCAGUAAGGUUCGAAGACAUGAAAGAACUCAUACUGGUGAGAAACCCUACAUAUGUAACCAUUGCGGGAAAGCCUUCCCUAGUCGUGGUUCCCUUCGACGACAUGACAGGAUUCACAGUGGAGAGAAACCCUUUGUUUGUAAGUAUUGUGGGAAAGCUUUCACUGGUCAAAGUUCACUUCCACGACAUGAAAGAAUUCACAGUGGAGAGAAACCCUAUGUAUGUAAGUACUGUGGGAAGUGUUUCAUUUCUUCAAGUACCUGUCGAGUACAUGAACGGACUCACACUGGAGAGAAACUCUAUGUCUGUAACUUGUGUAAUAAAGCUGUCACUACUCGUACUUCCCUUCGAAAUCAUGAAAGAAUUCACAGUGGGGAGAAACCCUAUGUCUGUGAACAGUGUGGGAAAGGUUUCAUCUCUUCUGGUACCUUUCGAAUACAUGAGCGAAUUCACACUGGAGAGAAGCCCUAUAAGUGUAAGGAAUGUGGGAAAGCCUUCACUAUACAGAGUUCUCUUCAACGACAUGAAAGGAUUCACACUAGGGAAAAACCCUAUGACUGUAAGGAAUGUGGGAAAGCUUUUAGUGGUUACAGUUCCCUUCGACGCCAUGAAAGGAUUCACAGUGGAGAAAGACCCUAUGCAUGCAAGCAGUGUGGGAAAGCCUUUCCUGCUUUGGGUGAUUGUCAAAGACAUGAGCAAAUUCACACUGGUGAGAAGCCCUACAUAUGUAAGCAGUGUGGGAAAGCCUUUCCUGCUUUGGGUGAUUGUCAAAGACAUGAGCAAAUUCACACUGGUGAGAAGCCCUACAUAUGUAAGCAGUGUGGGAAAGCCUUCACUCGUUGUGGUUCCCUUAGAAUACAUGAAAAGACCCAUACUAGAGAGAAUUCUUAAGCAUAGAAUGUUGAAAGUCCUCCUUAUUGCAUGUCCCUUCUAUAAAUAACAUGACAGUGUUUACGGAAGAAAACAAGACUCAGUAUGAAGUUGUGAGGGCUGCCAUUAGUCAUAUUAUUAGAUUAACAAACAUAAAGAACAAACUAAGAAUGCACCCAAUAACAAAACUUGUACAGAAAUAUCAGAAACUUGAUUGUAAGAAAUAGUUUUAAAAUUCUAAAAAUUCUUCAAGUAGUGGAGUACUACAAAUGUGCAUUAUGAAAGGUUCAAUGCUCCAAAAAUUACAUAUCCUGGAAGAAAUUUUCUAAAAAUUAUAUUACACUCAUUAGUUUAUUAUUAAAAUAGAUAUAUGAACUAUUUAUUUCUAAGUUUAAUUCUUGUAAGUAAAUGGUGGCAUGGCAUAAUUCUCUGAAGUUUGCUUAAGUAAUGGGGCAAGGGUUAAUAGGUAGUAUCUUUUUACCAUUUUCCCUACCAGUCUGAAGAAUUUUGAUUGAUUGAAUGGUGGAAUGGCCUUUUGCGAUGUAGCUAUAGCACGAGUGGGUUGGCAAUAGCUUACAGUACUAGGGCAAGGUUCUCCAGAAGGAUAGAUUUGCUCUAAAUUGUCAUCUAAUAUACUGUUUCUCCUGAGUCUAGAAGUCAAGGGAGGAGAGGGGGAAUCAUCCUUGGAACUUACUAGCAAAAUUUUUGCUUCCUGUUCUGUUGGUAUUAUGGUUCAACAAAGGGAUGUCCUUCCACUGGGAGGAACAACCAUUCCUUUGAACUGAGAGCUAAGACACUCACACACAACCUACCCCUGGCUUACUCUAGGUUCUUUGUACCCUUGAGUUAACUAAAAACAGUUAUUGACGUGGGGGGCGGGGGAUGAGACUACAAUUCAUGCUAAUUAUUUUUUACUACUUGAUACAAGUUAGAGUUAUCUGGAAACAGAGAACAUCAAUUGAGGAAUUGCCUCCAUUAAAUUGACUGUAAGCAAGUCUAUGAGGAUUUUCUUGAUUAGUGAUGGAUGUGACAGGGCCACUGUGGGUGGUCCGCUCCUAGGUAGUGGUCCUGUGUUGUACAAGAAUGCAGGCUGAGCAAGCCAUAAGAAGCAAACUAAUAAUUAGUCUUCCUCCAUGAUCUCUGCUUCAAAUCCUACUUCUAAGUUCCUGCCUUGAGAUUCUACCCUGGCUUUCUCAGUGCUGGACUAUAAAGUGUAAUCCAAAACAAACCCCUUUCUCCUCAAGUUCGUUUUGGUCAGUGUUUUAGCAACAACAGCAACAAAUGAAACUAGGACAAGAGGAAAGGAAGACUAUUCUUGGAUUCCCUUAGUAUUACCAAGUGUGGUGAUCAAAACCCAUAGGAAGCUACAACUCAGUCCAAACAGGGUAAUAAAUGGCUCAGAUAUUUCAAGAAUGAAAUUGAGAGUUACUUCUCAAGGUAAAGAAUUAGCUAAUUUGGGUGUAUGGUGUUUUUAUUUACAAGGUUUUUUAAUACUAAAAUGUAUUUAAAUUAAAAAUUUUAAAACCAAGAUGUUUAGUGCUUGCUGAAGAUGAGGAAAUACAAAAUGACACCAGAAAAGAUACUUAAUAAAUAUGGUACACUUGUGAGACCUCACAAAAGUGAGGAUUCCGAUUGUUUUCUGUCUUAUUUUGUUAAAAAUCUAUGUGCUGGGCAUAUGCCUUUAAUCCCAGCACUCAGUAGGCAAAGGCACAUGAGUCCUUGUGAGUUCAAAACCAACUUGGUCUACAUAGUGAAUUCCACAACAGCCAGGGAUGCAUAAUGAGACCCUGACUCAAACAAAAAAAUAUAUGUUUAUUUUUAUAGUGUGAUGGUUAUUGUUGAUUGCAACUUAAAAAAAUCUAGAAGCACCUGUGAGAUGGGCCCCUGAGCUUGCCUGUGAGCAAUUAUCUUGAUUGCAUAAAUGAAGUAGAAAGACUCACCCACUUCUGGAAGUGCCAUUCCCUGACAGGGACCUAGGAGUGUAUAAAAGUGGAAAAAGUUAGCUAGCUGAGCACAAGCUCACAUGCAUUAAUUCAUUGCUCUCUGCUUUUGACUGUGGAAGUAAUGUGAGAAGAUGCCCCAAGUUUUUGCCAUGUUAACUUCCCCCACAGUGAUGGAAUUCUGAGCUAAACAGAAUUUUUCUUUUAUGUUGCUUUUACCUGGAUAUUUUGUCACUACAACAGGAAAUGAAGCUAAGACAUAUGCACACAUAUAUUAAGCAACUGGUCAUGUUUUCUUUCAUCUCUUUCUUUACCAUGUAAUAUAUUUAUUGAGUUAAUGUCAAUAUUGGGUAUUGUCAUAUUUAAUUGUGAUAUAGUAAAUGAAUAAGCUUUCCUAAAGGGACUUUGAUACCUAUUCUAAGGAAACAAUGUGUUAUCAGUUGUACAUGAGAAUUAUGUUAGGUGAAAUAGAUUAUUGUCUUAUUUAGAAACGGUGUAUAACAUAGGAUGUUGUUGGGUAUCAAGUUCAUAAAGGACUUGGAAUGGUUGGUCUUCAUUGUCCACUUGGCUAGUGAAAUACACCUCUACUUUUGGUGGGGAAAUUUCCACAGGAGGAGUGACAUGUGGGACAAUGACUUGAAGGGGAAAACCCACACUUAAUGUAGACAACAACUUCCAACAGCAUCCCAGAGGAAGUCUCAGGAAAAAGCAGCAGGCACAUACCUGCCUUCCCUUCAGUCUGAGUGCAUCUAUUAAAGCUACUACGAUCUCUGCUGAUACCAGACUCUAUUUUCUUCUCAACAUGGACUCAAUCCAAGUGACUCUCCAGGCAUUUCCAGUCUUUCAGCCUCAGAUUGGGACUCCUGGGGCAUUUAGCUUCUUGGGGUGGGCAGCUGCCAAGUUUUCUGCUUCUCUGGUGUGCAGCCAGCAAUGAUCAUCAGUCCCUAUCAUGUAUGACAGUCUAGUAAAAGCCUUCUAUAAUAAUUUUCUUCAUCUCAUUCCUCUGGAAAACCCUGACUAAUUGAUGUCAUUAGUUCAAAGACGGGAAUUUUUCUUUUUCAGUUUGCAAAAUGUAUUCAAUUUAAAAUUUUUUAAAGAUAUGUACAGAAUGUUUUGGAUUCCAUUUUGUCUGUUUGGUCUUGGUCCCUGCUACUAAUUGAAAACUGUUUACUUUUUUAAAAUCUCUUUGUGAACAUGCAUAUACCACAGGACAUUUGUGUAGGUCCGAGGACAACUUUGGUUGUCUUCAUGUUCCAACUUGAUUGAGGCAGGGGACUCUCUUGUUUCUGCUGCAUAUGAGAGCUGCACUGUGAACUUCUGGGGAUUCUCCUGCUUCUAUCUCCUAUCUUGUCAUAGGAAUAAUGGGAUUACAGUUGUGCAUUGCUACAUCCGGUCUUUUGGGUUUUUUUUUUUUGUUUUUUGGGUUUUUUUUUGUUUUUUUUUUUUAAACACAAGUCCUCUCACUUGCAUGGCAAGUGCUUUAUCCACAGCUGUCUCCGCUGACCAGAACUGUAUUUUUUUUUUCAGGUGUGUCGUAGGUUUCAUCAUCAAAUAUGACUUUUCUGUAUGUGGCUAAUUUCAAUCAUCUGGACUAGUUUUAGCUUUUAUAACUUACUCAAAUAUUUUCUACAAUGCCCUGAACACUGUCCUCCAGUAAAUACAGAUGUUCUUCAAAUUUGGUAAUAUUUGCUUCCAUAAACUCACACUGAAAUGAGUUCAUAAAUUGAAAAUGACUUCUACACCUAGGUUACUGAAUUUCAAAGCUAAGUUGGGACUAAAUUUAAUAUGUUCAAAUUAAAACAGACUAGAAAGAGAAAAUUAUGAGAAAGAAAAUAAGCCCUUUCCCCCCUUCCCCCAUAGUCUCGUUGGUUCUUUUUGCUAAUAAAAGCCAGAAACUUGAGAUACCACUGAUAAAACUCAAAUUGAAAAGUCUGGCAUAGUGGUGCACACCUUUAGCCCCAGAAUUUGGGAGGCAAAAGCAGGUGGAUCUCUGAGUUUUAGACCAGCCUAUUUUGUGCAGCCAGUUCCAGGACAGAUAAGGCUACACAGUGUGACUCUGUGUCAUAAGUUAAAAAAACAAAACAAAAAAAAAAAAAAGGAAGAAAAAAGAAACAGCUAAGCUGCCAUGGGGAAAAUAUAUGUUCUAUGACAUUCUUGUCAAAGACAAAUUUUCAUAUUUAAGGUUAAAAUGAUGUAUAUCCUUGAGUUUCUAGUGCUUACCUCUCAUUACUAAAUUUGGAAAAUUUCUCACAUAAACUGCCUUAAAAUUUUGUUUAUAAGACAAAAUUCUUUAACUUUGUUAAGGACUAUAUUCUCUAAGAAGCAUUUUUGCUUUGUUGUUUUCCA